GUGGUUUCAGGGUGCGAUGGGAGUGGGAAGGGAUGUACGCAAUUUGCAGUGGGGGUUGUUACCUGCAGCUGGGCCUUUCUCCUUUUUUGCCCCCCCUGGCCCCCAGAUGCCCCGUCACUGCUCUGCUGCUGGCUGUUGCACCCGCGAUACCCGGGAGACCCGAAAUCGAGGCAUUUCCUUCCACCGGCUGCCCAAGAAGGAUAACCCACGGCGCGCCAUGUGGCUGGAGAACAGCCGCCGACGGGACCCCAGCGGGCAGGGCUGCUGGGACCCCACCUCCAAGUACAUCUACUUCUGCUCCAAGCACUUCGAGAAGAGCUGCUUCGAGAUAGUCGGCUUCAGUGGCUACCACCGCCUCAAGGAAGGAGCCGUUCCCACCGUCUUCGAGUCAGCCUCCCCUAAACCCCCUCGGACUCCCAAACCGAAGCCCCCCACGCCCCAGAGCGACCCCCCCAAGCCCCUGCGGGCCAGCAGGAGGUGGAGGCGGGACCCAGCCCCUUCCCCGACGGAGCCCCCCUUCUCCACCGAUGUCUCCUGCUUCCCCCGGGAAGGGGAGGACCCUGCCGCCCCCGCUGGCGACCACGGCGGCGUCCCGGCCCUCCCUGGCCCCUCGGGUGCCCGGGGCACCCUCCCGGACAGCCUUUUGGUGGCCACGGGUGACGAGGAAGCCACGGCCACCCCGGCGCUCCCUGAAGGCGAGCCCCCGGCCCCGGCUCGCCCCGUGUCGCCCUCGCUCUACAUGCUGCGCCUGCCGCCGCCGGCUGGUGCCUACAUCCAGAGCGAGCACAGCUACCAGGUGGGCAGCGCCCUGCUCUGGAAGCGCCGCGCCGAGGCCGCCCUCGAUGCCCUCGACAAGGCCCAGCGGCAGCUCCAGGCCUGCAAACGCCGGGAGCAGAGGCUCCGGCUCCGCGUGGGCGAGCUGCAGCGGGAGCGCCGGGCGCCCGCCGAGGCCCGCCGCCCGCUCAAGGAGCAUCUCCAGGUCUUCGAGCUGCAGCUGCUCAACGACGGCGAGUGAUGCGCCGGGCGCCCUCGGCACUUGGCUUUUCUUCCCCCGCCUCCCACCCACCUCCGCUCCGGCGCCGCUGGGAAGCCUUGUAAAUAAAAAUCCUCUUUUUUUUCUACAAAAA